UACAAGAGAAUCUCGAAAUAAACAGAAAGAACAACACCGAAAAACAACAGAAGAGAAUAGAGGCGAAAAAUAAUAACAGCAAUAAGGAACUUGAAGUCAACAAAAAUGGUAAAGUUUUCGAACCAAAGCAAAAAGACGCUUCAGAGGAAAGGACAGCAAUUGCUGAAAUCCAAAUUCACUCUUCGAAACAAGAGACGCAAGGGGUCUAUCACACUAUUUUCUCUCAACAAAACCAAGAACAAGCUGCUGGUUCACGUCCCAACUGUUGUCUUGCCUUCUAGCUUUAAGCUUUCCAGUAUCAACAUCGGUGGCAGCAGCGGAAACAGAGCGGCAAACACGAUUCGAACGGUGCACACCUCCACCGGAAAGUCCGAUGGCAAAUCUUCGUCUUCGACGAUGCCUGCUCCGCUCGGAAAGAUACUGGAAACAAAACUCUCUACAAGCAGCGACAAGACUAGUGGUAACAAGGCUAAUGGCAAGAUAUUAGAUGAAAAGAAGAAGAACAAGCGAAUGUCAAUCAAAAAAUUCUUCCACAAAAGCCAUCGAUACAAUACUCGGUCAUCUCUGGACAGAACUUCGGCUCCCGAUGGCGAUGCUUCUCCCAUCUCGCCCAAGGUUGUCCCAAAGAAUGCUACCGAUGAUACGCUAUCGCCAAGAAGCAUAGGAGAUUACUCGGCGACAUAUCUUGCCCCAGUCGAGCAGAAUGAAGGCAUCAUCAACGAAAGCAGCCCUGUCGGCGACGGCCCAGACGACGAACCCGACGACAACCGAUCUAGCGGCGGGGAUACCGCAGACAUUACGAUUCUGACGGCUACGACGACAACUCCAAUGCGGGAUGAUUUGCACAGUCUCCCAGCGACAUCCCCCUCUACGACGUCCUCUUCAGACAGUGCCGGCUUCCACCAACCCAAGAGCCCCUAUAUUUUUGCAGACGACGAGGACAGUGAGCACCCCGGAACCAUCGAAGUACAGGCCGGUGCGAGCAGAGAGAAACAAGAAAUCACGAUGAUGGAAGACAACACCGAUGGGGGCGAAAACAACACUGUCGAGACACAGCUGGACAGAGAAAUGGAACGAUUGGACGAACGAAUCCGCGAUCGAGAGGCGGGAACGCGGGCCGUUGCCAAAGAGCAGCUGUGUUCUCCGCAGAUCAACGUCGAAAAUAGUCAUUUCGUCCAUUACGAGGAACAGCGAGAAGAAAAUCACAUCGAAACGGAGGAAGGAAUAACAACCAAAGCAGCUGCAGUAACAUCCAAUCGAAAGAGCGAACGACAACGAAUAAGACUCAUUUGUUUGUUCUCCCUCCUUAUCCCAGUCGCACUUGCGCUUCCACAGUUCCUCACAAGAGUGUUCGAGACCACCUUUUACGACCAAAGUGCGAUUCUUGAGCAGGCGAACUCCUUCUUUCUCGAUGCCGGUGCGGGCAAUAAAGAGAGCCCUAUGGAAGGAGUCACUGUUGUGGUUUCGGAGACGGAAUCCAGCCUUGGGAAACAGAUCGAGACAAGAUUCGAACAGUUGGGUGCCAGCGUGGAAUCGGUAGAGAUAGACUGUACAGACCUUCGCUCGGUUUCCGAAUCCAUCGAUUCCCUCGUCGAACGGCUUCAUGCGAUCGAUUACGUGGUACACACCGGAAACACAUGCCUCUCUCUACAGAAGGAGCAAACUAUCAACGAGAACAUGAAUGCCAUACUUUCCAGGACCGCACAGGGCCACGACGUGCUUUAUGCUGGAAACUAUCUCUCGUCCUUCCUCGUGACACAAAAACUGCUCCCCCUGCUGGAACAGAGCCAAUUCGGGACGCUCGUUCAGUUCACCUCGCCCUUCUCAACACUCGUCGAUGAAUCGCUCCUUGAUUUGGGAGAGGCCGAUUCGUCUGCGGGCUUCUUGCUACAACAAACCCAUGAUAGCGGUGCAUCGACCCUACUGGGGCUGCCCGUCCGGUUUGCGUACGCGAAACUAUCGGAAAUCCUCCAGCACCGGGUUGUUGCUCGGGCCUAUCCCAACGUUCGCACGAUGGAGAUUACUCAGGGAUGGCUCGGUGGCGAGGGUGGGGUGAACUCAUUCUUCCAGCGCGUCUUUCAAUCCGGGGAGAAUGGUUCAACAAAGAGCGACCCUGUCCUUUCUUCACCGGCAAUCGACGACGAAGACCUCCAAGAGAGCCUCUACGAAUGGAGCCAGAAAGCCGUUUGGGAGUGGGUCAAACCUUCGAGUCCUAGUAGCGGUACCAGUGUGAGCGAAUUAAUAUUGGGAAGCCCGCUCGGCAACGGAGGAUCCAGUCUCGCGAUGGACAGAACUGGAGAAGAUGGCCCCGCCAGCCCCUCCAGAUAUCUCCCAUCGACACACCAAGCCGUUACUGUUGUGACUAGCGCUGGUGUAGCGAUGAUGGCGAUGAAAGCCAAGAAUAUUUUGUGGAGGUCAACAAGUUCUUGGUGGUCAUUAGAGUAAGUAUACAGUAUUCGGAAUCAAUGAUUGGUAACGUG